AUGUCUCUUCAACGGGUCGCUCGCGCGAAUGUGCUGCGGCACCUGCGCCUCGGCGAUAGCUUGUCGCACCAGACUCGCGUGAUCGGAGUGCAGAAUCAGCUUCGCGGUCUUUCUCUCGCCUCGAACCCUCGAUUCUCGACUCCGCUGGCCGGAUCUUUCUCUGUUCUUAAAUCGCAACAGUCUUGUUCUUUUGCGACGGAUGCCACGGAGUCUACUACCUCCAAGAAGUCCACCAAGAAGUCGACGACCAAGAAGCCCAAGGCGGAGAAGAAAAAGCGCGAAUUGACGGAGAAGCAAAAGGAGGCCAAAGAGAAGAAGGAAAGCCGCGAGCUGGUCAAACAACUCAAGGAAACUGCUCUGCAACCACCCAAGAAGCUGCCUCAAGCAGCUCGCGCUAUUGCCAUCCAGCAUAAGCUCAAGGAAUUGAAGGAGCAGUCGCCUUCUCUCUCUCAAGUCGAAAUCUUUAAGGAGGCGAUUAAUCAAGUUCACUCCCAGCGAUUGAAUGAGGCCGACCGAUUCGUCAACCAGGCCGAGGAAAACCGGACUGCCAACGAGGCCUCCUAUGAAGAAUGGAUCAAGCUCUACACGCCUCUUCAGGUCAAGCAGGCAAACACUGCUCGCAAACACCUCCGCCGACUGGGUCACAGCAAGUACAUCAACCUCCAUGAUGAGCGCUUGGUCAAGAGCCCUAUUACUGCGUAUUUGUGGUUUGUUAAGGAGCGCCACGAUAGCGGCGACUUCAAGAACCUCCAGGUGAAGGAUGCGGCCCUGCGAAUUGCUGCUGAAUGGAAAGACUUGACCGACUCGGAGAAGCAGGUAAGCCUUUCAUCUCCCCUUCUCUCCGGUGAAAUGAUCAUGGCGUGGAUUGAUGCUGACCACCAAUGCCAGCCCUACUUUAAAAAGUCAGCGCGCGAUAUUGAACGCUAUCGCGAGGAAUAUCGCGAAGCGUAUGGCGAGGACGUCCCUCCGCCGAGGCCCAGCGCUUCGUCUACCUAA